UUAAACAAAAUUAUUUUUGUAUAACAAGAACAAUAGACACAAGCUUGAGUGUUUAGUAAGACUAGCAAAUUUCUUCACAAGGAGUGUAGUAUAACACUCACUUGAGUUAUUUGGAGAGAUGCUGGAAUUACACCCUUGAAGAUUUUCAAGGCUCACCCAGACAAAGUCUAGGCUGAUCUAAUUUACUCUUGGAGAUGGAAACACUUGAAGCACCAGGUGGGACUAUAUUAACACCAGAAGUCCCUUCCAAACAACACUUCUUUGAUUCUGUAACAUUGGCCACACACCAUUUGUGCAGUGCAAGUUCAUAGUGAGAAUAACUAAUACACUUGCAAAAAAAGUUUUCAUCUUGACAGUUUAAUAAGGCUACCUAUGUGUUUCCAAAGGUCUGAGGAAGAAACAUUGCUCAGGAAUUCCACCAGCACCCAUUUAAAACUGACUUGUAAGGCUGAUGCUUAACCCAUCACAAUGGGACAAAUGCAACACCUCAGGUGUCCAAUACAAACCCCAGAGUAUAUCACUUUACAUAAAAAGUUCUUCUACAACGUCUCUGUAAUUAAGUGAGAAAGGAAUGAAGACUGGGACUUUUUUUAUACACUCAACUGUUAUGGUAUCCUUUGGUAACAGGCACAGCACAGGUAGAAAGCUGUUCCUUGUCUGAAGUCAGACAAGAAAACUCCUGUUUAUUUCCAGGGCAGUGUAUUUGUUUAUGGUUGUUUUCUUGGAAGAUACAGGUUAAAACUUGUUUUUUGCUAAAAAUGUCACUGACUGUUGCCAAUAAAAAAAGUGCAUUAUUCUACUUGCUUCAUUUUAAAUUGCUUCUUAAAACCGAAACUUACAUGUUCUUUACUUUAUGACUAUCUAAUAAACUUAUUUUUACUUCUCAUCAACAGGAUACAAAAUACAAAUUUAAAUAUGGGAAUUCUGAGCCAGCUAUCAAUCAUUCACCUCCUCUGGACUGCUAUGGUCUUUUGUCAAUAUGAAGAUUAUGAUUUUGAGGAUGAAUAUGAGGAGACACCAGAUCAUCGACACCCAUAUUAUUUUAAUCCAGAUACACAAGAUGGAGUUCCUCGCUUUCCUUUUCCAGUUGAGUGUGCCAGAGAAUGCUUUUGUCCACCAGCUUUUCCAUUAUCAAUGUACUGUGACCAUCGUAAACUUAAGACGAUACCAAAUAUCCCUAGCCACGUCCAACAACUUUAUCUGCAAAACAAUGAUAUUGAAGCUGUGCCUGCAGGACCAUUCACUAAUGUUACCUUCUUAAGAGAAAUUAACCUCAGCCACAACAAAAUCAAAUCUCAUAUGAUUGACCAUGGUGUUUUUGCCAAACUUGAAAACUUAGUGCAACUUCAUUUACAACAUAAUGAAUUAGAAGAAUUUCCAUUCCCACUCCCCAGUUCUCUAGAGAGGCUCCUCCUUGGUUUCAAUAAGAUUUCUCUCUUAUCUGGAAAUUCAUUGGAAGGAUUACCUAACAUAACUAUGCUUGAUCUUUGCAGUAACUUUCUUGACGACUCAGUACUCAAAGGAAAACCCUUUUCAAACACGAAAAACUUAAUGCAGCUCAACUUAUGCAACAACAAGUUACAGACUAUGCCUCCUGAUCUCCCAUUGUCACUUAUGUAUCUCUCUCUUGAAAAUAACUCAAUUUCUGCUAUUCCAGAAAACUAUUUCAAUAGACUUCCAAAAAUCAUUGCUCUAAGAAUGUCCCACAAUAACCUACAGAACAUUGCACGCAACACCUUUAAUCUACCGAACCUUCUAGAACUUAAUCUUGGACAUAACAAAUUGAAACAAUUAUUUUAUAUUCCAAGAAGUUUGCAGCAUUUGUAUAUUGAAGGCAAUGACAUUGAAACCAUAAAUGUUACUUUGAUGUGUCCAUCUAUUGAUCCAAUGAACACCAACCAAUUAACCUAUAUACGGGUGGACCAAAAUAAGCUUACGAGCCCAAUAAGCACAUAUGCAUUCUUUUGCUUCCCUCACAUCCGAACCAUCUAUUAUGGUGAACAAAACGUUAAUGUCAGCAAGUCAACUCAGCUAAGAAUACGAGUGUUUCGACGAUUUUUAACACCUGAAGAAUACCGUGAAGCAGAAGACGAUCAUGAAACACAUGAUCAUGAAACCGAAGAAGAUCAUGAAGCAGAAGACAACUACUUUCAUCCUUACUUUCAGUGACAUACUCAUUGUUAAUGAGCAUAUAUAAAAACUUCUCCUUAGUUGUAGGAUAUUCACAUCCAUUUUAGAACUGUUGGAUAGUUUGGGAUAUUUAAGAUAUAUCUAUAAAGGAUUUUAGUGUAGGUAAAUGUCUUAUUAUUGAUGUAGUAGAAAACAAUACUUAGGAACAAAGAGGACUCACCCUCAGCACUAGACAGCAGUCUGAUAUAUAUAAUCUGGGUUGAUGAUGAAUUAUCCUUGGGGGAGAAAACUAAGUGAAGAAAAUUGACCUGAAAAAGUUUCUAUGUUCUUAAGUGACCCAACUUGCAAAAUAGCUAAAAUACAAAUCAACGUCAGCCUCAGUAGGAACAAGUGGAUAAGGCCAAAAAACCGUCAAGCUAUACAUCCUGUUACUGACAGCAGGAGAAAACAGACACACUAGAGAAAAGGAUGAGAGGGUACGAUCACAAAAAUACUUCCACAAGGUUCCUCCACAUCUUUCAGAAUUACAGAUGUUUCUUUUUCCAAUUUCUAAUUGGACAGGAAAAUCACAAACUUGAAAUUUCAAAUCUUCCUCAUAUUAUCUUUGCAGUGUAUUAUCAUAUUUACUUCUCAGCUUAUACCUCAAGUAUCAUAAUUCUUUCAAAGGAGAUUUUAGCUUAUUAGUAAUACAGGCAAUAAUCAACCUUUCAUCAAAGGUCUUAGGACCUAGGGAAAAGGAAGUGCAUUAAUACAACUGAACUAUUAUUAUUUACAUUUUACCUAUGGCUUUAGCCCACAUUAUUUUAGAAGGCACAUAAAAAUGUAAUACAAUCUUUUUAAGAGAAUUGUUCAUCAAGUAAAACAAAUAGGAACAUUCCAGUUUUUUUUAAAUCAUUAGACUAUCCCUCUGCAUAGUCAAUACCAAUUAGCUAUAUGCUGCUUCAGUGUAGAACAAAAAUUGCUUUAAGCAAUCUAGAGAAAAGUACUAUAUACUGAGACAUGCAAUUAUUUUUUUUUAGGUAUGUCUUAUGCCUAGAAAGAUAUCCAAGUAACUACAGGGUAAGAUAGCACUAUAGGGCACUUUACUGCUUUUGUUUUAUUUAAAUUCUUUAUUUUUCAGCACUUUUUUCCUGAUAAAUCUUUGUUAGCUGUGAAGAAGAAUGGAAGAAUCACCAUUUUCAACAAGAAAAUCAAAGGUAUUCAAGAAAUAUAACCAUACAUCAUACUACUAAUUUUACAUUAUACUUUAAGUGCAGAAAAACUAAAAAGGCUAUAUAAAAUUAUGCAAGCAAAGAGUGUUAGAAUUCCUAAAAAGUUUGGCAGGUCUGGUUUCUUCUCUUACAAUUUCAGUUGGUUUUUUAAGCCCAUCCUAAGACAUUUUGAUUUCUGAUGCAAAAACUAAAAUAUUAACAAAAUGAAAUUAUUUAAUGACACUUUUUAAUUGAAAGAAAUUCCUCAUAAGCCCAUGAAUAUAACACUUAAGAAUAUACAUAGUCUUUAGCAACAACUGAUCAUAAAAUUUGUGGAUCUUAAAAAAAAAAAUAAUUGUGGGUCUUCAGCCAACUAACUGAAGAAAUCUAUUAUUUCUCUCCUUCCCCUUUUUUAUAUCUACAUUCUGAACAGAUACAAUAUUUAUGACAAAGUAUUUUACGGUCACCUUACAAAUGUACUGCACUGCAGAAAUUAUCUUCCUCUUUUUCCGAAAAAAAAUUUAUGAACAUUUAUCAACCUCAAGUACCUCUGGCUUCAUGAAGGAGGAAUAUAUGUAUGUAUUCAUUACUUCAUUUAAAUAUUGUUAUCAAAAACUCGUGUACAGUACAUACACAUAAAUUUAUGUACAGACUUUAUAGUUUUAUUAAUAUAAGCAUGUACCAUAUUAACCUUAGGGAAUCUUUAUAACUUUUCUACUAUUUCAGAAUAGUGCACAAAAUGCAAAUCUAAAUUAAUACAGGCUUUUUUGCUUAGCUUUAAAAAAAGAACACUAUUCAAACAUAUUACAAGUAUUACAUCUUCUAUCACAAAUUUUCUGCUUUUCAAAAACUUUUAGGAAGUGAAGCUUAGCUUUAGUUUUAAAGUAGAAUUAAAGAUACUUUGUAGCAACUAGUUAUAUACAUUUCUUAAAGUUUAAACAUAAGUCAAAUAUAAUUAUUGAAAACUUUAGAGCAGUCUGAUUAAACCCAUUCAGAUGGAGCAUGAGAACUGUAUUACAAGCAAAACUAUUAUAACUCACUUUUCAUUCAAUUAAUAUUAUUGUAUCUCAUCUGUGGUAAAUAUAAUGCUAUUAUUUAGAAAAGAUUUCAGGGUGGUCAGGGAAAUAAAGACUUGCUAGCCCUAUGCCUGUAUUAGAAAAACUAGAAAUUACAAUGACGUACAGAAUUUAUGGGUAUCUAGAUAAAUACAAUUUGCUCUGAUAAGACUGAGCAUGGCUUCUGUAAAAGCCAAGAUGUUUUUGCCUUGCAAAUCUCUUUUGAAUUCUCUGAAGGAAUCAUGAAGGAUGUGGAAAAGGGAGAUCUUGGUCCAAACAGCCUUCAAAGAUUUCUGAAAGGUUUUUAAGGAAAUUAAGUUGCCACAGAUUAAGAGGUGACAGCAUGGACAAAAUCAAAUAAAAUUUAAGAAACAGCAUAAAAAUAAAUGGUCAGUUCUUGCUAUGGAUGGAGCCCACUGGUGGGAGUUUUGCAAAGGGCCUGUGCUGCACUUUAUUCAGUUUAAUAUACUUGCAGAAGAUAGAGAAAUCGGGCUGAGAAGUGAGGUGACAACAAAGAUGGCUAAGUGUCAAUGAAGGAGUACUGCAAAAGGACCUCAGGAUCCUAAAAUAGCCAAUGAAAUUCAAUGUUGUUAAAUAAAAAGUGAUAUCCAUGCAAAAGAAUAUAUUAGCUUCACAUAAAAACUAAUGAAGCAUGCCCUCACCACCACCGCUUAGGAACAAGACUCGGCAGCAGUGAUAGGUAGUUCGAUGAGAGCACUGGUUUAGUACCCAGUAGCAGUAAAAAAGAAACUCAAAUUAGAGUGAAACUAGAGAGAAACAGAAAACACAAGAGACAUCGCUAUGCUGCUAUAAAUCUGUGGCUCACCCAGAUAUUAAACACACUAUUGAUUUUUGAUCCCUUCAAGUAGCUGGCAUAAUUACAUAUGGUUUAAUUAGAAAAGGAUCAGAGAAAGGUAAUCAGGUAACCAAAGGUAAGGAAUGGCUUCUAUAUAGGCAACAUUGAGUAGGUUAGAAGUCGCCAGUCAAGAAAAAAGAUGUCUAAGGAGAGAUGCAGAAGAUACCCACAAAAUUAUGAGUUGCAUAGACCGCAUGGGUUCGCGGAUCAACUGCUCCAGUACAAGAGCAGGGAGCCAUCAAAUGAAGCUAGUAUGUACCAGGUACAAACUAGACAAAAGUUUGUAAGUAGUCAGCCCGUUACACUGCAUGCCUGAGAGCGGAUAGAGGAGCAAUUUUAUAUAUGGUUUCAAGGGAAGACUGGAUAAGUAACUUAUUUCUUGGAAGAGAUGCAUUACAGGUUGGUAAACAAAGCACAGUAGGUACAAAAGUGCUGAGCUGAAUAGCUGGAGAACGGAAGAAUAUUUGGAGGCAGGAUACAUGCUCGUCCUAUUAUCAGUCUUCCCAAAGCAUCCGCUUAUGGCCAUUGCUGGACACACAAUAUUGCCCACCAACCUCUAAUUUGAAUUCCGCAAUCAGUUCUAUGUUCUCACUGUCCUGGACUACGAUAACAUACUGGUAUUGCUCUUCACUACUAGUAAAUGCUUAUUGCCUUGGUAUAGUUGAACUUUAAACUUUUUCUUUUUUUUUUUUUAAGCACUACCAACUAUGGUUAUAUGCCCAGGCAUAUUCUAGCUCAUUACAUUCAGGAACAGCACGUGUUGCAAGUGUUCUAUAGCAGACAGACACCCACACUGAUUUCAGGUACACAAAGCAGCCUAGCCAAUUAAGUGUGGAGUUCUGUAUAAACCAAAUUAUACCACUACAUAACUGACUAGAUUUUGUAUCAAAACAUAUUUGCUUCCUGUUUGCUCUGGUAUUUAUUUUCAGAUUAUUAUAUAGUCUUUUUAAGCAGGAAAUAGAUUCAUGAACUAAGAACUAAACAUGUAUUUAAAUGCUACUUAUUUUAUCAGUAACAGAAAAACCAAGUAAUUGUCUAACAGCUUUAUUAGUUUACAGCAGAGUCAGUAGAUACAGAAACAGAGCCUGAACUGGUUUACAACACUGUCUGUGUUAGCAAUUAAGCUGAAGCACUAAGGUGGGUCACUAGGGCAAAAUACCUGUGAUGAGGCCACCAGACCCACUCCAAUUUUUGAGAAGAGCUUUACUUCAGACUAGCCCCAGCCACUAAUUAAAAUCCAUUAGCAGCUGCAGCACAUCAGGUGCACCCCUGAAUACAUACAUCUUCUGGUUUGUUAUAUCCAAAAAGAAUAGCCCACAUCCUUCAAAGAGCACUGUGAUGUGAAACAAGGUGCAGCAAGGUGGGGUUAUCAGAAGAUACUUGCUCCAAAACUGCACUCCUGAUCCUAACUGAAACACUAACAGAAACAUAACCAGAAAGACAGCAACAGAGAAAAAUGAAGUCUCAGUUCUACUUUCAGCUUUGGACAAACUAUUCUGAAAAAUCAUGUUUCCCAAGUCUUAUCUGUGUAAAUGAGGAUGGAACCUUCUUGAACUCUGAGCUAUAUAUUAUCAGCAUUAUCCACAAUGCACAAUAAUUAGCAAGGUUGUUGUAUUAGUGCACUCCAGAACAUUUUGAUACCCACGUAAACCUAUAGGGAAAAAGCUUCACAGAUUUCUGGAAAACAUUCAGUUAUGACUAAACUUCAAUCCACAAAAUUAAAGCUCUCAAAACUGCAACAAAAAAGACAAGAUGUUUUCCUUCACAAAAUGUAUACCACAAGAGGUUAUUGUGAAAAUCAAAAUAAAGAGAAAUAACAGUAGUUUAAUCCAACUGUCUACCUUUCUUCCUUUGGCCUCAAAACAGUGGGAAUAUAUUUCCAUUUUUGGUUGAUGACAAGACUUACUUUUUGAGAUACUUCCUUCACUAUUCUGAUAAUAAAAGUUACAUGGAUUAGGAACAAAAUGCCUUUAUAGAAAACAGAUGGUUUAUGUUUCAAGUUUUCUGACUUCUUUUAACAUAGUCACAUUCCCUUGUUACAAUAUGAACCAAUUUCCUUAUUUGUUUCUCAACUUGAUCAUUUCAAGCAAUAAACAGGAAUUUCCUACCUGAAAACAUGAAAGGAGAACAUACUAAUUUUUUUUUAACAGAAAACUAUCAUUUAAAGAGAUUUUGCAAUCAUUCUCCAAUACUACUGCAAGAGAAUGAA